AUGCCAAGUAGCUCAACACCGGUUCGAAGUCCCAGAGACUCGACAUCCUUUGGCCAAGAAGGUUUUACCCCUUCUUUAACAUUACAAGAUGGCUCGGAAGGUUUUACCCCUUCUGUAAUAUCUGCCAGAAGUAUUGAGCAGGAAAAUGCCCCCUCACCAAAUAUUAAUAAUAGUAUAUUGGUGGUACAUGAACCGGGUUUGGAUGAAGAAGUGUUGAAAUGCUUGGGAGAAGACCCUGAGAACGCCAAGACCGAAAAAGUGGAGCUGCACAAGGCAUUGUCUCCUAGAUGGCAGCAUAUGCUGACAAAAGGUAUAUCAAAAGAUAAUAAAUUAGAACUGCUGGCGAAAUAUCCAGUCCCAAGCAACUGUGGCGGGUUGCAAACGCCUACAUUAAAUCCAGAAAUAGCCCAAGCCGUUUCCGAUAUAUCCUUAAAGAAAUAUAAAUCGUCGCCUCAGAACCAGCCUAUUCUUUGUCCACUUUUUUCUGAAAAUAACAUUUUUAUGCCAAAUUAUUCCAUGUCCUUAACGCUAUCCGCCAGUAUAUUCCAUGUUCUCAAACGUCAAUUGGUUUUGUAA